AUGCCUUCAAUGAAACAAAUUUCCUCUGUCGCCCAAGACCUGCAAGAGUCGCUGGCUGAUUUUCUGUUGCAAGGCAUUCAAGGUAAAGGCUCGAAGCUAGCCCCAACGAAAAAGACUACACCACUUUCGCCUGGUAGAUUGACGCCAUUGACAAACGUACGGCCUACGAGAUACCAGGCAAGCGAUGUCUUGACGCCAUCCUCUCCCAACAAAGCCAGUGGACUGGUGGAAUCUGGAAAUUAUGUUAAACGAGCAGCCGCUAAGAUUUCAUCACUUUCCAAGAGCUGGGAGGUGCCAUCCGCGUAUACGUUCCGUAAUCGUCAAAUAGUGGGAGGCGACUCAACCAGAGAGUCUCGUGAAUGUAAUUCCGCGCAGGGGCCUAACGGACGCGAGGAUAAAUCUACGAAACAGCGAGAGAACGAACAUAUCAAAGAAGAUCUUGAAGAGGGAGAGCUGGAGGACUACGAUCGACAGGCACCUCAAGACCUUACUCAGAGCGACGAUUCUGACGGGCAAGCUACACCCGGUGCCAAUACAGCUAGCUCUAGCGCAAGCGAUGUCGAACGAACAGUCAAUUUGGCAGCAGAAAGAAGGGAUCAUGAGGACUCGGCGAUACUCGACUUCCUCGAAGUCAAAGAGAGAAAGAGCGAUGUUAGCGGCAAUCGAGUUCUGGGUGGGCUUCUUGAUGGAUUGACAAGGACGCAAGUCAUUAAAAAAAAUGCCUGGGGCCUGCAGACAAAAAUCAAUCGUCACACGACAUCCUCACCCUGGGGAUCCCCCAACGAACGUGAUAUCCUGCGGAACGAAUGGAUUAGGAUCCCCAGAGAUGCACGCAAGGAUGGCAAGGUCGCUUGGUGGUUGAGGGAGAUCUGCGUGACGAACCGUAACGGGGUUGUCGGUCAUCACGUAUUUGCAGAGCAGCUCAGUCACGAACUCGCCGUCCGAUUCGCGAAAAAAUGCUUCACACCACUCGAGAUCACCCAUUUUAAGGAUGUAUUUCGCUCCCUCGCCGACACGCAGGAUGGUAUGUUGUACUGGAAAGAAGAGACGCUAUGCAGAUUCCUGGUGCUUCCAGACGGCGCUGGCGGAGCCUUGGGGACCGGGCAGGUGGUAUAUCAGAUGGCUACAUAUCUUGGAGCUUUUCCUUUCGCCUCCCAAGCGCCGUGUAUCCUCACAAUCGAAGCCGUGCUAAAGGUUGUGGUAAUUAUGACGGAACGAUACGGCAAGGUCUUGAAGAGGGGAAAGACGGAUAGGAACAAACUGCUUUUCAGAAGCCUUGCUGUCUUCGAUCGGAGGAUGAGCAUGGAAAAGCUGCCGUCUCCGACUGGGCUGGAGAAGAUGUUGAACGAGACUGGAGCCGAUGAGAAAGCCAGCGAAGCGACCCAUGCACUAGGCUUCGAGAUUGAUCGGGCAAGAAAUGACGAAGAUGAAGAAGAGGACGAUGAUGAACUUGCUCUCGCGGCAUUGGACUCUCUAGACGCGAUCGAGGUGUUCAAGCACGAUCAGAGGAGUGAUACUAAGAUUCAUCACGCGCAGAUUCCUGUGGAUAACUUUCGACGAUUGUUGAUGCUGCUUUUGGUCAUUGCGCCAUUAGAUGCCCAGGAGUCCCUUUCAAAGCACGCGCAACGUUUGACCGACGACAGAGUUGAGGGACUGAAAAGUGUAGCGGACUGUAUUCUUUGGUCGUUUACGCCGGAACGAAAUCCAGGAAUAUUCUACCAUAACUUCAAUACCAUCAUACCAACCUCUCUGCCAUACCUCUUUGAUGGACUGAAUCCGCUCUUUGAGCAUUUCAUGUUCAGCAAGAACCUCGAUCUUUCUAAGCAUCGACGAAGAUCUUCAGCUGCCGCAGUAGUCUCCUCGCCCCAGGUGAUGUCUCCAACAUCUCCAAUCUCUCCUAUCUCACCAAAAUCUCCAAUGAGUCCAACGCUGAAUAUGCCACCAGAACCGCUUAUACCGAGUGAAGGUGAGAUUAUUAACCUCAACAUCCUCAGCCAACUAUCAUUCUUCCUAAAAGGCAACACCGUCUUCCGUCGUCUACGCCCUCUCUACCUCGGCGGAAACGCCGGCUUUAGUAUGAGGUCAAUAGAGCAGAAAGUCUUCAAUUGGCCAUCGCCUAGUAUUCUCCUUGUGUCCGGCACACGCCUUCCCUCCAAUCCUCAGGGCACGCGCGAACGCACAUAUGCCGAAAGCUUGCCUCCCAAACGUUAUCCUGACAGCAGUAAAGGCAACAGUACCUCCAACGAGGUCAUUUAUGGCGCUUACCUCGACAUGCCGUGGAAGCACACGCACAAGGGUGUCGCUGGUGGCAGCAAGUGUCUCCUAUUCCAACUAGCCCCUAUUCAUGAGGUUUUUCGACCGAGCUCUCUCAGCCAUGAUUACUUCACCUUCAACAAAUCGGGUCUCGCUUUCGGGUCUCCCGCUCCUCGCUCUCACUCAUUUUCCGGUCUCGCCUCCAAAACCACCUCCUUAGGCGCUGUUUCUCUGACUUUAGACGAAAGUCUCGAGUUUGGGGUCUUCAACCACGAUAGCGCCGGUGGCGGAUCAUUUCAUCCUAGUGAGUCUAGGAGGGAUGACUGGCAGGAUCGUUUCGAGAUUGAGAGCUUGGAGAUCUGGGGUUGCGGAGGAGACGAGGAAGCGGAGAGGCAGAGGAAAGCGUGGGAAUUUGAAGAGAGGAGGCGGCUGCCAGAAAUCAUAUUAGGAGAGGCAAGGACGUGGAGAGCGAUCGUGCCUUGUUGGAGAUGGCUGGCUUGCCAUCAACGACCCUCCUCAAAUUCUGUGAUAUCAGAUACGGACUCGCACCAGAAACCGGGUUUACCGUCAACUCAUCGGCUCAUAGUCACCACGACGCUGGUUGUCUUCUCAUGGGAUAUGUCAGGGGUGACAGAGCUAUUCAGUUCUAGCUCUGGAGGUAGUAUUCAUGCUUCGCAGGUGCUCACUGGCGACAAUGGCACUCUAGCCGCGCUUUUGCAUACGGGUCGUCAAGAGAAGGAAAGAAAAUACGUGCUUAAAGGCUGUGAGGGACAAAUAAGGCUCUUGCAUUACUCGGGGUGGAAACCUCAAGAUCUCUACUUUACAACAAGCGUACGGAAGUCGGUUCAAGUCGUCUGUAUGAGGGAUUCGAAAGUUUUGCCCCUUCAAAUCACGCACCCAUCUCCUCCUGUAGUGUUCACACUGUCGAGUGACUCGAACCUGCUGUUAUCAAGCUCCCUUCGACCUCCCACGAUCUAUAUUCGCAAUAUUGUAACAGGAGCACCACGAGUUCUGCUACGACCUAACUGCUCCUCUUCUGCCGUCGUUGCAGCGACAUUCCAUCCUGAGCGAGGGAAUAUUUUCCUCCUUGCUUUCGCAGACGGUACGAUCGCUGUCUAUGACGCGAGUCGUAUCCUGCGACGUAAUGGCGAUGCUCGAGAGCAGGUUACAGGCAGUGCUGGCGCUGCUGGAGAGGUUGCCUCUCUCAAAAGAAUCCAUACCCCCAUAACUAAAGAUCGAUCAGACGAGAGUGUUGCUGACCGUGGACAUGACCCUAAGAGUGAAAACGCUACCGUUACUGCAGACCAAUGGGGCCUUACUUCUGUCUCCUUGCUUCCUGGACACAAAGCAAUGGCCGUCACAGCUGGUGGCGACGGCAAAUGUUGUGUCGUGGACUUCUCACAACCCAACAAAAGCCAGGCUGUGCUUCUGAAAUCCUGGCAUAUACAUCGUCCCGUGACUUGCGUUUCUGUCAUAUACGCUCGAGAGGACCGGCCUAUUGCUCAGUAUGAUGGGACUGAUGAUACUAUGACUCCGUCUCAUAAGGACUACCGUAUUGCUGUUGGACGCCAAGAUGGCAAGGUACUUCUCUUCGAUCUAGAAGGCAAAGCAUUGGGACAACGCGCCUUUGGCCUUCGGCGGGGUCGCAUCGUCAACAUUGAGUGGGCGGAGAGGAAAGUAGAUAAUGCGCUAAAAAGCCAUGAGGAACCUGUAAAGGAGAAAUUGAGCGAGUACCACGUUGAAGAGCUGAAGCACAAGACAAAGUCCACGCCUCGCAAGUCAACUGAAGAAAGCUCGCUGUCUGACUUCUUUAAACUGUUACAACCGGCGCAACCCCCACUCGGACAGGUCGAUAUUUCCAACCAGAACGAAGAGCUUUUAUCGAACGACCUCCCAUCGAAUGUCACUCGAGAAGGUAGGGUCCAACCAUCUGUCCCGCCACGGCCAAAGCCCAAGGAAGGCGGCCGCCUGUACACUCGCAAAGCUCAAAAGGCGCUCGAAGCAGCUGGUCACAAAAUUAGACUUUCCCCCGAAAGCCCCCAAAGACGCCGUAGCAGCGCCAGCUCUUGCUCUCAUCGCAGAGGCUCAACAUUUCCCCGAUCAAAGCCAAUACUCAUUAAGGCUCGACGCAACCGAAAAUCCUCUUCUACUCCACCACCACCAGAGAACCCCUCAUCAUAUGCAGCAGCACUAUCAGUAAAGUCCACCAACCCUUCAGAGCGUGACCCUCAACCCCUUGAUACCCUCCCACAUGAUACAGUAGUACCAAGCCAAGCAACGAUCUCAACCUACGGAACUGCACCGUCGCAGGCUAGCCCUCCACAAAGCCUACAAUCUACCUCACCCGCCUCCUCGACCGAUACAGUAGACGACUGGUCAGCGGGCGUCUCUUCCGUGAACGCAAGCCCAAGCAACGAAAGUACAGAUACCUGGCCACAAUACCCUUCCCAGCAACAACAGCUUCCGAAUCGUACAGCAGCCGUUAUGAAGUUGCCGGAGUUCGUUACCGUGCCCGGGCCACCUGGUACUUCAUACUUUAUAUCAUACCCUAUGCGAGAACUUUCAUAUGGCAACCUUGUAAAGCCGCAGUCAGGGAAAGGUAGGGGAAAAGGUGGGAAGGAUGAUAGAAUCGAUAGCGUUAUCGAUGAUGAGCCCAGGACCAGAGACUUUACCAGUCUCCCCCAACAGCAGCAGGAGCGGCAGCAGCAGCAAGAUCCGGAUACCACCACUUCGUCGGAUAAUUUGUUGAGAAGCGAGAGCGCUACGGCGCAUAUUCUCGCUGCGGGGAGGUAUGAUGCUGCUAUUGCUAGUAGCCCCGACAAACGACGUCCUCACGGCCACGCCCGUAAGGGCAAGGAGAAAGGUAGGGAGAAGGGAGGUCAAGGUUCUGGGACUGGUGAUAGAGUCGGCACUUCGAGUGGGGUCGAUCUCCAUGAGGUUGUGGAGAAGGUUGUGGAGAAGGUUGUGGAGAGGGGAUUUGAGGAGUUGAGGGAGGAGAUUAGAGGCUUGUUUGUGGAGCAGUGGGGGUUACUUGAGGAUAGAUUGGGUGAGAAGGAGAAGGGGAAGGGGAAGGAGAUGUGA